AUGAAUACAGAAAAAAGUAUUCCACCAGGUCCAAUCAGUCCAAAGCCGAGCUCAAGCGAUACUCCAAAUACCAAACGAGUCAGAACAACUUAUACUUCAUCCCAAGUUGUUCAACUGGAGAAAGCGUUCCACUCUAACAAAUACCUGUGCCGAAAAAGUCGUACCCAAAUGGCUCAGCUCUUAAACCUGACGGAACGUCAGAUCAAAGUCUGGUUCCAAAACAGAAGGAUGAAAUGUAAAAAGGAGCAAAAACAAAGGACGCCCUCUCCUGGAUUAGACAACAGGACCUCUCCUACUCUGUCAGUUGCUGCAUCAACUCCUAGUUCACAUAGCAAGCCAAGGGUUGAAACGGUGAGGCCGGAUCAUCAUUUGGUGACUGGCGGGCAGGCUGGUCAUAGUCAAUGCGUACCACAAACUGUACAGGGAGACCAGUGGGAAGGUAACGCUUUGUACAUCAGCCAAUGUGAAAGCUUAUACGAAAACGUCCAACUAGAUCCGAAUUAUCAAUACCAACAUGAUCCAGUUAUCUGCUAUCCUGUGAAUUGCGAGCAACUUGUAGAGGAUAAGCCAUUAAAUCAGUCCUACCUCAACAUCAAAACAAAUGAGCAGCCGUCAAGUGAUGACUAUAUUUUGGGACAGAAGAAUAUGGAAAAGAGUCCAGCACCAACUCCGAGCAGUGCAGUGCCUAAUUCGAGCGGAACCCUCAAGCCGAAGCGAGCUAGAACAACUUAUACCGCACACUAG